UCACGAACAUGGAGUUAGGGAGGGGCAAAAAGAUUGGGAAAAAGGAGCGAAAAGCACUGAGCAGCUCGUGUAGUUGUGUUUGACUACCGGUGCAGCUCAAGUACGAUGUCCAGCUAGGGUUUCUCUUUAACUGCCCUUUUAAUGUCGUUAUCUGUCUUCUUCAAACCUGCCCGGACUUCUCGCCCCUGCUCUCAUCCACAAAGCACGCACGGAGAGAGAGAUGGGAUGCAGGAAAAUGCAGCUCUUUAGUCCUCACCACCUCCCUCUUUCCGCUCAUUGAAAAGUUUCAAGAACUUGGUCCCUUUCCAUUUCUUGAAAGAGUUUCUUGUUCUUUCCCGUUUUCUUGAAACAUGCGAGUGCGCAGAACCCUCCUGGUCGCGCUCGCCAUUGUCGCCUCGUUCUUGUUCCCCGUUACGGGGCAAGACCUUGCUUCGGACAGGAAUGCGCUUCUCGCCCUGAGAUCCUCGCUCGCUGGCCGCACGCUCCUCUGGGACGCGAGCCAGCAAAGCCCCUGUUCUUGGGCAGGCGUCCAAUGCCAGUCCGGCCGUGUCACGUCUCUUCGCUUUCCCGGAGCUUCGCUCUCUGGUCAAAUCCCCGUCGGCAUUCUCGGCAAUCUGACUGGGCUGAAGACUCUCUCGCUCCGGCUCAACGCGCUUGCUGGCCAAAUCCCUCCAGAUCUCGCUUCUUGCACCGGCUUGCGCAACCUGUACUUGCAAGGUAAUCGGUUCUCAGGCCCGAUCCCUGAGUCUCUGCUGGGUCUACGCGAGCUCGUGAGGCUCAGCCUUGCCUCCAACACUCUCUCUGGGGAAAUUUCUCGGAGUUUCAGCAACUUGACUAGGCUCAGGACUCUGUCCCUCGAGAACAAUUCGCUCUCUGGGUCGGUUCCUGCUGAGCUGAGCCUGCUAAAGCUCGAGCAGUUCAAUGUUUCAAAUAAUUUGCUUAAUGGGUCAAUUCCUGAUGGUUUGAACAAGUUUAGUUCGGCUUCGUUUCUGGGUAAUUCAUUAUGUGGAAAACCACUUGGUCCAUGUCCUCCGGAUGUCCCUAUUCCUAGUAUUGGACCUAGCGUGGAUACGGGGGGUGAGAGUGGUGAAGGCGGCAAAAGGAAGAAGCUUUCUGGCUCUGCUGUCGCCGGCAUUGCCAUCGGUUGUGUGUUCAGUUUCAUAUUCAUUGUCAUAUUGGCGAUAUUCUUGUGCCGCAAGAGAGGUAGCAAGAGAACGAGGUCGAUUGACAUGGCAGUGCUUAAGCAACAAGAGAUGGUGCUUAAGCAACAAGAGAUGGUGCUUCGGGGCGAAAAGGCAUCUGGGGAUGCCGAUAUUUGCGAAUUCAAUGGCGAAUACUCGGUGGCGGCUGCUGCUGCGGCUGCGAUGACUGUACCAACUGGAAGGAAAGAAGCAAAUGGCGGUGGAGCAAGAAAGCUUGUUUUCUUUGGGAAAAUGGCGAGGGCCUUCGAUUUGGAGGACUUGCUGAGGGCAUCAGCGGAAGUCUUGGGGAAAGGGACAUUUGGGACUUCUUACAAGGCGGUCCUGGAGAUGGGAAACAUGGUUGCGGUGAAGAGGCUUAAGGAUGUGAACAUUGCAGUGGGGGAAUUCAAGGAAAAGAUUGAAGCUGUGGGAGCGAUGAAUCACGAGAAUUUAGUGCCUCUUCGGGCUUUCUAUUACAGCAACGAUGAGAAGCUUCUUGUCUACGAUUACAUGCCCAUGGGAAGCCUAUCUGCUCUAUUACACGGAAACAGGGGGGCAGGAAGAACUCCAUUGAAUUGGGAAUUGCGCUCCAGCAUUGCCCUAGGAGUUGCCCGUGGCAUCGAAUACCUUCAUUCUCAAGGACAUCAUGUAUCUCACGGAAACAUUAAGUCGUCCAACGUUCUCCUCACCAAGUCCCACAAUGCUCGCCUCUCCGAUUUUGGCCUGGCUCACAUUGUCGGCCCCUCGGUAGUACCCACCCGUCUCGCCGGCUAUCGUGCACCAGAAGUCACGGACCCUCGCAGAGUAUCCCAGAAGGCUGACGUCUAUAGCUUCGGUGUGUUGCUCUUGGAGCUUUUAACUGGGAAAGCCCCGGCCAAUUCUGUCUUAAAUGAAGAAGGCAUCGACCUUCCGAGAUGGGUUCAGUCCGUGGUUCGCGAGGAAUGGAGCUCCGAGGUUUUCGAUCUCGAGCUUCUUAGGUACCAGAACGCAGAGGAGGAGAUGGUCGAGCUCCUGCAGCUGGCCAUGGAUUGUGCGGCUCAGUAUCCUGACCAGCGCCCUUCAAUGCCGGACGUGAGGAGGCGAAUCGAAGAGUUGUCUCGGCGUAGCUUGCCCGAUCAUGGACCGCAGCCUGAUCAGGUCGAUGAUGUGGAGGUCACGUCUUCUCACUGAAUUGCUCAGGUCUCACCACUGCCGGGACACUGCCGGCCGCCAUGAUGUAUGGUCUUAAUGCUCCCGGCUAGCGUGUCAAUAUACUCUACUUAGGUUGUCAGAAGAAGCCGAUCUUUAAGCCCGCACUUUCUUGCGAAGGAAAUUUACUAUCUCCCCUACUUUACCUCAGGCCUAGUCUACUGUUUUUUCGGUGCUUCCCUUGUGGUACGUGUCAUGGAUCUUGUAAUUAUGACUUCCGCUUUUGCUUUUGAUGCAUAUCCUUUGCAAACCUUUUUCUUUCCCUAGCAGAGUCAUUUAAGCAAGUGGUCUUGAUGUUUUCCCUGUUGAAUUGGUCCCCCAAACAACCGAUAUCUCUCAUGCUUACCAAACUUGAAGGCUGAGUACAGGGUUUUGAUUGAUUGAACACACGGAGAAAUCUUUGGGAAGCCAUGGUUGUGGAGUGACUGCAGGCAUGUCUCUGUUUGCAGCUAAAGUCGUUUUCGGCUAGCGGAAGUGUCUCUGAAAUGGUUACAUAAAAGCUCGGUUUCUUAUUUA